AUGUUUAACAAUGAUCCCAAUAUUCCACGUUUAGUUGGGAACUUCCCUCUACUCCCUCUCCGUACCAAGACCCGUGGUCCUGCAUACGUGCUACCGCAGCCCAACCCACCGCUUCCUGCCAACGAAAGCCCCGACCCAGAUGCCGAGUCUUACGAUAUCCUAGACGAAGUGAUCUCGCUCUUCCGUGCCAACACAUUCUUCCGUAACUUCGAGAUCCAAGGCCCAGCAGACAGGCUAUUAAUCUAUGGCAUCCUAUUCGUAAGCGAAUGUCUCGGCAAGAUCCGCCCUCAGCAUUCCCUGAGGGACGCCACGAAGGAGGUCCUCAACACUGCUCUGGACCUCAACUUCGCCAUUCCGGGUGACCCUGCAUUCCCCUUGAACCAAAUCUAUGAACCACCACGAGACAGGCAGGACGCCGAGCAACUACGACAGUAUCUCUCCCAGGUACGACAAGAGCUGGCUUCGCGAUUAUUAGCACGAGUCUACGAAGAAGAUAAUGAUGGCAAGCCGAGCAAGUGGUGGUUAAGUUUCACAAAGAGGAAGUUUAUGGGCAAGUCAUUGUAA